GAGAGAGCUGGGGUCGUCGGGCUGAGUUAGAGUGAAACGACUGGCGCUGGCCGAGGUUGGGGGUCGUGAGAGGCCGCGCUGAAGAAUGUGUGGGCGAACAUCCUGCCAUUUACCUAGAGAUGUCCUCGCAAGAGCUUGUGCCUAUCAGGAUCGGCAGGGCCAGCAGCGGCUUCCAGAGUGGAGACACCCUGACAAGUAUUGCCCCUCUUACAACAAUAGCCCUCAAUCUAACAGCCCAGUGCUUCUGUCUCGACUACACUUUGAGAAGGGUGCAGACUCAUCUGAGCGUAUCAUUGCUACCAUGCGAUGGGGCUUGGUCCCAUCUUGGUUCAAAGAAGGUGAUCCUUCCAAACUGCAGUUCAACACUAGCAACUGUCGUAGUGAUACCAUCAUGGAGAAACCGUCCUUCAAGGUGCCUCUGGUAAAGGGGAGACGCUGUGUUGUUUUAGCAGAUGGAUUCUAUGAGUGGCAGCGAUGUCAGAGAACAAGCCAGAGACAGCCAUACUUCAUCUACUUCCCCCAAAUAAAAACAGAAGAGUCUGGCAGCACUGGUGCUGCACACAGUCCUGAGGACUGGGAGAAAGUCUGGGACAACUGGAGGCCUCUAACAAUGGCCGGGAUCUUUGACUGCUGGGAGCCACCAGAGGGAGGAGACUGCCUGUAUUCCUACACCAUCAUCACAGUGGAUUCCUGCAAAGGCUUGAAUGACAUCCACCAUAGGAUGCCUGCCAUAUUAGAUGGAGAGGAAGCAGUCUCUAAAUGGCUUGACUUUGGUAAGGUCUCAACUCAGGAAGCUCUGAAGUUAAUCCGUCCCACAGAGAACAUCAUCUUCCAUCCCGUCUCUCACGUGGUGAACAGCUCCAAAAACAACACCCCUGAGUGUCUGAUUCCUGUGGACUUACUGGUUAAAAAGGAGCUCAAGGCAAGUGGCAGCAGCCAGAAGAUGUUGCAGUGGCUGGCCACAAAGUCACCCAAAAAGGAAAACCCCAAAACAUCCCAAAAGGCAGAGUUAGAUGUGUCCCAAUGGUCCAGCCAGUUCCUGCAAAAGAGCCCAUUCCCCACCAAGAGAGGCAGUGCUAGACUCCUGGAGCGAUGGCUGAAAAAGGAGAAAGAGGAGGAGCCAGUGGCUAAGCGACCUCACAGCCAGUAAUAAAGGGCUUUGAGAGACUAAGGUCAUGGUUUGCUGCACUGGAUACUAUUUUUGAUAACAGAUUCUGGCAUUGUGUAUAUAUGUAUUUGCUUUGGGAGGAGGUAUAACACAGCGUUGGUUAACAGUUGUGGGUUUAUGGGGGAGUGGCUAUCCUGGCUAUGACCAGGAACCCACAGUGGGGUUAUGGGCAGCUGGGAAGGGGAGGGUCCACCUCCAUCAACUCACAGGGGUUCAUUAUGCCUGCAGUUUUCUCUUUGUAGGACUGGUUGGAGUCUUCCCUCAAAGCCUAACCCAGCUGGCAGUUCUCAGCACAAACCUUACCUAGUGCUGCUUAGUAAAAGGCUGUUUUUUAUUCAGCCUUUGGACUCUUUCAGUCUUUUGGAAUUAAGUUCUUAACACAUUUUUUUUUUCUGAAUAAAUUGUAUUUGGUAAACUGUCUACAUUUCCAAAAAUGCUAUUGGUGGGGGUAGUUUUGGAUCUUACUGUUUGGGGCUUUCUGUGGACAAAACUGCUUUUUUGGAAACAAUAAAAAAGGAUGG